GGCUGGUGAACCUUCUCCAAUGCGAGCCAUUACUUUGACCAGCAGGUGUGACGUGGCCAAUGCAAUGCCGGCCAAACCCCCCAUCGGGCUCUGCAUCGGGUCAGUGCCAUUUUCCAGUCGUGCGAACCAUAAAGCAUCCCACGCUUCAGCUCCUUUGGGUCUAUAUAGAUAAGGCUCUCAGCAACCCCAACACCAGCUCCUACUCAGUACAAUUCGUGUGUUCUGAGGGCAGUUCUACAUCCACGGUCUCUUCAACAUGGCCUCCAACCCACCUCCCUACACCUCGCCCCACUCUGUGUCCCGCUCGAAGACUUCGCGAGACGAAAUUCGAUCGUUGGCAGACGAGAUGCUGCGAGCCUCGUUGACCCGCGGCGCCGCUUCGCCUGCGUCGUCGGUGGGUUCCACUCCGCCCUCCUACCGCCGCUCCGCCCGUCCCCCUAAUCCCGCCGAAUUGUUGAGUCGUGAGCGGAAUCCCGGCGCCACCCGCGUAGGCACGUUCUCGGCAGCCGAUGCCAAGGCUCGGGUGCGCCAUCUGCAGCGGGAAGUGGAGCGGGCGAAGGCGGACGUGCCGCAGCGGGCGACAGGGGGAUUAUUCAAAGCCGCAUGCUCGGCCGACCUGCUGUUCCUCAUCGAUACCACGGGGUCGAUGUACAGCUAUAUCAACGCUGCUAAGGAGCAGGUGAGGAGCAUUGUGGAUGACAUCAAAAACUCAUUUCUCAACGAGUCCGAGGUGCGUGUCGCGGUGGUGAGUUACAAGGACCAUGGGGACCUCCCGAACAUCGAAUUCCUCGACUUCACGCCGUCAGCUGAUCAAGUCUUCCAAUUCCUGGGCCGUUUGAACGCCUCUGGCGGAGCGGACGCCCCCGAAGAUGUGCUCGGUGGCGUGUAUCAGGCGCUGAACGUCUCGUGGAAGCAGCAAACGCGUUGCAUUAUCCACAUUGCAGAUGCACCACCACACGGCGCCGGCGUAUUACACGACAUGGGCGACGGCUCGGAUCACUACCCCCACCCUGGGAGUGAGCCGCAUGGCCUUACCUACGAGCCACUCCUUAAGCAGUUGAUCCAACUCGAUGUCAACUACGCCCUGCUCCGUGUCAAUUCUUCCACGGACCGCAUGGCCUUGGCCUUCGCCCAGGUUUAUGCUACCUCCAAUGCGGACGCCAAGCUUCUCCCGUCCAAUAUUUACUCCACCCAAGUGAAUGGCAUGUACUCUAAAAGUCGCAGCGGACUUUGGAGUGGAGCAAGCACCAAGCACGCCGAUCUCCAAUUUGAGGAGAUGGAGCUUGGCACCACGUAUAGCCAGCUCCGGCAUUUGGUGGUUAGGACUGUCACUACCUCUGUUUCUCGCACGGCGGGUCGUAUGUCAUUGGCAUUAAGCACUGUACCCAGGCGUAGUGCUGCUGGCGGGAAAGGUAAGAGCAUGGCUACCGAUCUUACCGCCAUUAGGGAGGAUGAGGGUAGCGGUGGGAGCGCCAGGGAGGUGUAUUUCGAGAAAGACCCGCCGCAGUGGGACACACCUGGCUGGCUGGAUGAGACUCUGGAGGUCGAGGGGUUCUGCCCCGACAUGGUGGUGCAGAGCGCCAACUCGCUCAAUGAGAUGAUGAACGCCGAUGAGAAUAUCAAGCUGAGCGUUACACAGCUUACUAUCCGUGCACGGUCGAAGCCGUUUGCCGAAGGCUCGGUACGCGUAGCCUCUUAUGCCCGCACAGCAGCCUCGACUAGCAAGUUCGUGGUUAAGUCCUUUAAAGACGACAGCAAGAUGCUCGCACACCUCGCUGAGGAUAUGCGGAUCCAGGCCCUUUGCAAAGCUUUCGCUCUCGAGUUUAACGGUCUGCUGAAAAUUGAGCCCCCGAUUGAUUUUAUUGUAACAACGUGCCUACAAAGCAAGGCGAAAGUAGGGUCGGAAGGCGGGUGCCUCUCCCUUGAGCCCUUUAUCGACGGAGAAUAUAUUAAGUAUAAUAACAACAGCAUGUUUGUGAAAGAGGAUUCUCUCGACGAACCCGACCCGUUCAACCAGAUAGCACAGGCCUUCUCGCACUUUACCUUCGAGCGCUCAUGGGGACACUUCCUAGUGAACGAUUUACAAGGAGUAGGCCACUUGCUGACCGACCCAGCUAUCCAGACGGUCGACCACGAAAGAUUCAAGCUAGCUGAAACUAACCUCUACGAGGAAGGCUUCAAGUUUUUCUUCGUCUCCCACGAAUGCAAUUCCAUCUGCCGUAAGCUAGAGCUCAAGAGCAACCGCGAGAUGGUUGUCUCAGGAAACUACGAGUUUCGAGAGCGUUGGCCGGCUAUAGAGCCCACCGUAUGCUGUUCCAAUAAGCUCUGCCGCCGGAUCGUCCGCCUGGCGAGCACCCACGAGUCCGACAAGUUCCCCAGCUACCACUGGUGCAGCACGUGCUGGCCGCAGCUGCAAUCGUCUAUGGUCCGCUGGAUCUGCAUGGCCCCCGGUCCGAACCAUGAGUUCGAUAUGUCCAAGUUCUUUUACGAGUCCCAGGGCCAGCUUGCGCCCCGCAGAUGUCCCGAGCACGUCGAGAAAGACAAGAGUGUGUCGAGCGCGGCCGUGGUGGGUGGGAGCCUGUGGAGCAGGAUGAAAGCUGGAGGUCCUAAGCGGUCUAUCGCUGGGAGGAGUUGGUGAGCAAUUAUCAGAUGUCCGAUAAGGGAUCAAACCUACCACCUGAGGAGGUGCGGGGGGCGGAGGGUUAUGAAUGGAAAUACUGGAGGUGACAAAUAAAAGGAUUCUCGGGUUAUGACCUUCCUUGCACAGAAGUAUAUGAAGAAAUACGGAUCUGGAUUAACACACUCUGCAGAUGAAUUAAAUCACGGGCAGCCUGCCAGUGGGAAUUUAUGGACAGUAAGAAAUCAACUCCUGAUUCGAAUUUUGGAUACAUAUCCACCGCUCUCAAAGCUCUCACCACAGCCUGUAGUAAAAUACGCUAGAACUGUUCCUCGCUUAUAAAAAGGAAAUCCUUUUCUCAAAGGUGGAUUCCUUUUUCAUUAAUUUAAUUAUCUUCUUGAUGC